AUGGCCCCCCGCGACGAAAUCCUGUCAUGGUAUCGCGCCGCCGCAGAGACGCUCAUCAGCACGCCGACGAAAGAUGACCCCGACCCGGAAAGCACCGCCUUGAACGACCUCCUCCAGCGCCAAGCCAAAUCCCUCCUCGCCAUGCACGACGCCGUCAAAGGUUGCACCCCUCGUCGAGCCAACGAGUCCCUUCUCACAAGAAGGCUAGGCGACCUCAUUGCCAUAUCCACGUCCAGGUUCUACGCCUACCGCUUCGACCUACUGCCCUAUCCGUGGCGGCAGAUCCACACCGACGCCCUCAUCCUGUCCACCUUCCACGACAUACUCUGCUACUUGGGCCAGAGCACCUGGCUAGACGACCAGGCGCUGGACGGCGUCGUAGAAAAGCUAGACAGGGCGGUCAUAACGGCGGGGGGGGCCGGCGUCCUCGGAGCCGCGUGGAUAGAAAGGACGCUCCGGCUCGUCGAGCGUCUGUGCGACGCCGCCCAAGGCGAUGGUGAACCGGAGGCGCCAGCAAGGCGGGCAAGGCGGGCAAGGCGGGCAGACGCCUUCUUCCCCCCCGAGGAGCCGUACACGCGGCCGGCGCUGUCUCCGGCGAGAACCUGUCCCGCCCGCAGGGGCUGGUCCCUCGACACGUUCGAGAAGUACAUGAACGGGGACUCGCCUCCGCGGCCCGUGCUCUUCACCGACCUCGUCACCACCUGGCCGGCGCUGACGGAGCGGCCGUGGAAGUCGCCGUCGUACCUCCUCUCGCGGACCUUUGGCGGCCGGCGCCUCGUGCCGGUGGAAUUGGGCCGCAGCUACGUCGACGCCGGCUGGGGGCAGGAGCUCGUGCCCUUCAAGACGUUUCUGUCGAGGUACGUGUCGCCGGGGGCGGCGGGGGAAGUGGGAUACCUCGCGCAGCACGACUUGUUCGGCCAGAUCCCCUGCUUGAGGGGCGACAUUUCCAUCCCGGACCUGUGCUGGUCGAGCGUGCCUUUGCACCCCACCGACCCGGCCAAGAACAAGGCGCGGCUGCGCGUGCCGCUUGUGAAUGCCUGGUUUGGGCCCGCCCGCACCAUUACGCCUCUUCACACGGAUGCCUAUCACAACUUGCUGGUGCAGGUCGUCGGGACCAAGUACGUGAGGCUGUAUCCGCCGUGGAGCAAGGCCAUGCGGCCGAGGGGGGAGGAGGCGGGCGUGGACAUGAGCAACACGAGUCUGUUGGAUCUAGGCGUCGUCGAGGGGUGGGAUGACGAUCAGGACUCGCAGGGGAUGACCCUGGAGGAGAGGGAGGCAGCCAGGAGGGAGCUGGCUGCCGAGGAGUAUUGGGAGUGCGUCCUGGGAGAAGGGGACACGCUGCUGAUUCCCAUGGGCUGGUGGCACUACGUGAGGAGUUUGAGUGUGAGCUUCAGCGUGAGCUUCUGGUGGAACUAG